GACCAAUGCCAACAUGGUGGCAUUUUCCAGCAUCAGGCUCGCAUUGUCCACAGUCCAGCAUCCUCAGUGAACUAUGAGGUCCAGGAAGUUUGUACGUCAAGCUUGCGUGAGGAGCAAUUUGAACCUGCCACGAUGUGCAGUUCCGAUGGGCUCUGAAGAUCCAUUGAAGCUGUGCCACUCCUUUUAGUUGAUGGAACGGCUGACCGCCAACAGGGAGCUGGAUGCAUCGCUGUUUGUUCACUGCAGUGGCGCAAUAAAGGACGCUAAAGAGCUAUGCUUACCUUCGUCACUUAAAAAGUGAGCAUACUGCAAAGGUGUCUUGGUGCACUCUCGGCUUGAGCCUUCUCGAGCUUCCUCAAGUGGGUUCGAAGAUGGGGGUGAAGUGGCUCCUACGAUGGCAACCCCCGACGAGCCUCCCACUGACCACGCCCAUGUUUGAGGAGAUUCUGGCAAACGCAGAGGCAAUUGGGGCGCAGCAGGGCGGCCGGUGGCAGCUGACGAGUACACUCUACCGGCCAAUUGUGCGAGAGGCCAAAGGUGGGGAGCCAGCCGCUGUGCGAGAUCUCUUCAUGAUAACAGGGACGGAGCAUCCCGAGAAACUGUGGCUGGUGGUUAGGCAGGAGAAGCAGGUGCUAGUAGCGGACGCGUCGCUGCUAGCAAUCCUGGACAAGGUGCAGCUGUACAAGCAACGGACGGCAGUGACCUUCGAGGGCCGAGUUUAUGAGAUGGGCGACUUCCGGUUGCGGCUGGGGCGAGCGGUCUUCUCUAUCAAUGAACAGCUUCGCGGAAUUACUCUGGAGGUCGAGUACUUGCCCACGCAAUCAUCUGCGCAGGCGGUUCCGAUGCUCACGGAAUUUUUCGCCGUUUGGGACGAGUCGCUCAAGAGCAAGUCUUUGCUGGGAAAGUUUGUGGUCGUGGAUCCCCUCUUCGAAGAGUUUGGUUUGUCAGACAACUACUCCUUGCAGCAUAUGGCGCUGCACUAUGUGUAUCUAAGCACACUUUUUCUUAUUGGAACCCGAGUGUCGUGACUCACUUCUAUCAUGCUCGACGCGCAAAAGCUACUUUGCACCUUCGAGGACCUUCGAGGAGUCAUUGGAGAAUCCUUGCCACAUCGAAAAACAUCAGACAAGCACACCACAAGCAUUGCCCGCC